AAUAAAAUAUAUACGUUUACUCAGUCCGGCCAGGCCAGACCUUGAAGUUCGACCGACUCGCACUUGCGCAGUAAAAAAGAAUAACAACGAAAAAAAAGAUACCGCGAUCCUGUCCUGGUGGUCAGCGCUAAUUAGCCUGUCAGUCAUGGUUUAGGUAAUUGCUAUAUUUAGGCAAUACAAUGAAUAAUUUAGACAUUUAAUUUAAUAUUAUAUCCAGUGUUUUUGUUUUUUAAAAAAACAUUUCAUAUAUUUAUAAACAAAACACUGUCUGUAAUAGAUUAAGCAAUGGAAUAUUUCAACCUUUUUUUUUUGCAAGAAAACGGUGAGGAAAUGCUAGUCAUUUUAAUUGUCAUGUCUGCUUAAUGACUGUGAAAUCCUUCCUUUAAACGGAGCAAGAGAAAAGAUGAGAAGAGAAUAACAACAACAGAGUCAUCCUAGCCAGCCAAAUGCAACGUUUCCCGCCUCUUUAAUGUGUGUUUACUUCUGUCGGGUUAGAAAGACCUCUGAACGCUGCGGGUUGGUGUCUUGUUUUGUCCCGAAGACAGCAGCAGUGGCUCCCGUGCUUGUCUAUUUGGUUGGUGGCAGGGCAGGAACAUGUGGUCAUGCAGUGGCCAAUGCCGAGCCCAGAGCAGGCGAUCAUCAGGGCUGUCAGACCAGCAGCAGCAGCAGCGCUUGCACCGAAGAGGAGCCCUGCCUUUCACCUCCUGCAGAAAGAAACUCCUUUAAAAAGAGAGGCAGAGGGAGAGCGAGGAUUUGGUUUCAUAGGAUGAGGACGCAGUGGGAAGAGGAUGCUGCAGCGGAGGCUGCAAAAACAAACAAGACAGGCUGAGUGGUCCAGGUCCCAAGAUGUAGGAGCUGCAGUGGAAGAGCCCCUCGGUCAGAGUGUGUCUGUGAGCACACCAUAACGGGGGACUUGUUUUGAUCCAAGGAUAGUGAAGGUGGAGAGGCACAACUUAAGAAGUCUUUCCCCCAUCCCUCCACUUCCACAGAGGAUGACAAAUUAGUCCUUAUUCAGCAAGGAGCAACGUAUCACCACCCUGAGGAUCAGAUGUUGUCCACAGCUCAGCAGAUGCUGCAGGAUAGCCGCUCCAAGAUCGAGCUGAUCCGACUGCAGAUUAUCAAAGUCACCCAGGCUGGUGGCAGCAGCAUUGGUGGCGAUGGAGCUGGAAACCACAACAACUCCACUCCUGGAGUCGCCAUCGGUCCUAUGGAGGCUCGUUUGGCAGAGUUGCAGCACUGCAUGCAGAGAGAGUCUGAUGCAUUGGUGCUGGCCAAAGAUGUGGUGAAGCAGCUGGAAGGGAUCUCAUCACUGGACCAGAAGACAAUGGCCGAAGCUCAGUCACAGGUGGAGGAGUCCUCUCAGAAGCUGGACCUUCUGCAGCUGUCCCUGGAGAAAUGCCUCAAGGAGAAGAACCAGGAGUCCCUGCAGCGGCCAGUGGGGGAGGGAAUCCACCCUACAGGGGGACCACCGUCUCCCCAAAACCACCGACCUGGCUGUCCGCUUUCCAUCUUUUCUAUCCGACCUGCUUCCUUAACAGGCAAACUUGAAGUCAGACUUCUUGGAUGUGAGGAUUUACUGAAACCUUUGACUGACCAAGAGCAGGAAAAGCCUCUGAGUCCCACUGAGGACAGUUCACCUGCUGCACACAAGACCGGGGAGCCUUCCACAGAGAUCAGCGCUGUGCUCCGUCUGGACGGCCGAGUGGUCGGUCAGACUCAUUGGGCAGCCACCGGCGGCCUGAGCUGGGAUCAGACGUUCUGCAUCCAGCUGGAGCGGUCUCGAGAACUGGAAGUCGGCGUAUUCUGGCGGAAUCGGAGGGCGAUGUGUGCAGUGAAGGUUUUGCGACUGGAGGAGAUGAUGAACAACGUGAACCAUAACCAGGGGAUAAGCCUGGAACCACAGGGUCUCCUCUAUGCCGAGCUUCAAUUCAUCGACACUGUGGUUGAGCGGCAGCCCAAGCUGAGACGUCAGCGCUGUAUCUUCACCAAAGAGAGAGGGAAGAAUUUUCUCAGAGCUGCCCAGAUGAAUAUGAAUUUCGCCACAUGGGGUCACCUGAUGAUGAGCAUCCUCCCUCGCUACAGCUCCUUCACCACGUUCAGCUCGUCCUCUACAACCCCAGACCUGCUGGCCAACAAUGCCCCACAUCCAACCGAGAACGAGCCUCAAAACACCACGUCACUGCCAAGCAAAGAUGCAGUGAUCAGACUUAGCAUCAGCGACAACCAGUCGUCUCCCACCAGCUUGGACCAAGGACAUAACCCCCCCAGCAUCAUCACUACACCACACAAAACAUCAUCUGUGCCUGCACUGCAAGAAAGGCUGUCCACCUGCAGCACUGGGGAUAGUGAAGACCAGCCUGUAUCUGCUCUUAAGAUGAAGAUGGAAGAUUUUAAGUAUAUUUCAGUUCUGGGUCGAGGACACUUUGGCAAGGUCCUGCUGGCCGAGUUUAAGAAAACAGAAAAACUUUACGCCAUCAAAGCGUUGAAGAAAAAAGACAUUGUGACUCGAGAUGAAGUGGACAGCCUUAUGAGCGAGAAAAGGAUAUUUGAGAUGAUUAAUGCAUCCAGGCAUCCAUUCCUGGUCAACCUCCACGGCUGCUUCCAGACCAGCGACCACGUCUGCUUUGUCAUGGAGUACCUACCAGGUGGUGAUCUCAUGAUCCACAUUCACAACGACGUCUUCUCUGAGGCCCAGACCAGGUUUUAUUCAGCGUGUGUCCUGCUGGGUUUAGAGUUCCUGCAUAUGAAUAAAAUCAUUUAUCGAGAUCUGAAGCUGGACAACCUAUUGAUGGAUGCAGACGGAUUUGUGAAAAUCACAGACUUUGGACUUUGUAAAGAAGGGAUGGGGCACGGAGAUCGGACCUCAACUUUCUGUGGGACUCCUGAGUUUCUUGCUCCUGAAGUCCUGACGGAUGACAACUACACCCGAGCUGUGGACUGGUGGGGAAUGGGUGUUCUUAUCUACGAGAUGCUUGUUGGAGAGUCUCCAUUCCCUGGUGAAGAUGAGGAGGAGGUGUUUGACAGCAUUGUCAAUGAUGAUGUUCAGUAUCCAACUUCUCUUCCUCCUGACGCUGUUGCCAUCAUCCAGAAGAUGCUGAAAAAGAAUCCACUGAAAAGACUUGGAGCUGGAGAGAGGGACGCUAAUGAGGUUAAAGGAGAGAAAUUCUUUGAGACCAUUGACUGGGAAGCCUUACUGGCCAAGAAAGUAAAGCCACCAUUCCUGCCGUCUAUCCAAGAGUCCACAGACGUCAGCAACUUUGACAGCGACUUCACUCGACUCCAGCCAAUAAUGUCGCCUCCCUCCAAAUCCUUCAGCCUCUCUUCUGAGCAGCAGGAAGCAUUUGCAGACUUUGAUUUUUGCGCCUUGCAUGGGUGAAAGAUGAGCUUAGAAGACCAGGGCGGGAAAUUAACACCAGUUUGUCCACCUCAUAAUCAGCACUGGCAGGUAACCAACAAUCAUCAGUUCUCCUGUUGAUGGGUAAAAUUAGCGACCAACUCCUUUGGUUAUGUAUUUAGGACGAUUAAAGGGAUGGAAAAAGAAAUUAAUCUGUCCUAUUUAAUUGUCAUGUAGGACAACACAAGAUUAAAACAGAUUUUUGGGAGCUUGGUAUUUGUCAGUUUCCCAACCUGGUCUUGACAGCACCUUCAAAUGAACAAACUGUUAGGACAUUUGUGCAGCUCAGUCAUCUUCAAACAGAACAUUACUAUCCCAUGGCUAAUAAUGCUGACUGUUCUCUCUAUCAUCCAGUCGACAGGCAAAUAACCAGGCAGCGGAAAGUGAUUGUAGCCCUUUAUAAUCUCUACAGAGGGUCAAACUUUAUUGUCAGUCUGCAGCAGUAAUAAAACUUCUUGCUAUUAGAGUUUAUUUAUAAGAUGUGCCAGGUGAUGUACAAAGAUCAUGUUGUACAAACACAGGAAGCUAAUUUGACACAGGAUGCUUGAAGAGUUUAUGACAUUAUCUUAUUUGUUCUUCAUCGUCUAAUUUCAGUACUCAGUACUACAAACGUACUAUGUACAACGUACGACUAUGUACCAUGUACAACUUGUUUGUAGUAAAACUACUACAAACAAAAUCUUAAUUCACAAGUUAAUUUAUCAACAUUUAAAAGCUAGAAUGCUGGCUCUUCUCCUCUUUCUACACUACAUAAUUCUGCACCAGUGGCAGCAACAGCACAGCAUUUCCAUAAGCUGCCUGUGUGUAAAAGUCAUUCCAUCCACUAUAUCCAAAAAGCGUUUAAAAAGGCAACUGGACUUGUAGAAUUUUUGAGAAGAUGUAUUGGACUAAUCUUGGUGUCCUCACUCACUAGCCUUUUUCUUGCGUCAUCCCUGAGUUUGUGAGGACAGUCUUCUUAAGGCAGAUGUGCCAUUUUUAUUUUGUUUGUUAAUGAUAGAUUUAACACCGAUUUUUGUGACUUUAAAAAAUUAUUUUGAUCUAAUUUCAAAUAGUAAUAAAAUGGAAAAACACACGAGGGAUGGAAUUUUUUUAUAGCCACUCAUGUUUCACUUAUUUCACAAUCAAGGCAUUUGAUGUAGAAAGAGGAAAUGUUUCUCGAGUCAUAGUGACAUUGUAUCACACCCGAAAGUGACAAUUUCCCAUAGAGGGAAAUAAAAUUUUCCACAACCAUGAUAAGAAAUGUUCCAAUUCAUAGCCACCAUAUGUCAUAUUGGUUUGUUUUUUCUGUGUAGUAUUUAUAACCAAACUUAACAAACAGCCACAAUACAAGUUAACAUUGUUCAAAUCUAAAUAGUAGUUGUUCUUCAGAUCUGUGCAAAUUUCUGUAAAUUUUCUGGAUUCUCUGAAUUGGUCCGAUAACCAGUCACUGCCUCUUCAAGUAUCCUGUAUGUUGGGGCUACUUUGCUUUGUAGCCUUUGCGUUUAUUUAUUAACAGCAUUCAUCCUCCCCAGGUACAGUAUGUGCUGCCGUUUCUAUGCAUCACUGUGACAAGCUUUGCCCACUGCCUUGACCACACAAAUGAAACAAGCAAACUCAGUUGAUGGUACCAGACUUUUCCAUGUACUCGUCACAUAUCAGCAUCUUCCUGCGCAGGCGUUUUCCAUUAGAAGUGCAUGGCAAUGUGGUAAACUUGUGCACUAGAAAUCCUGUAAUCUCUAGCAGUGUAACAGAAGCCAUAGAUAAUCUAAUAUAGCCAUACUAGUGAAAAUAAUCUCUGUAUUUUGAAUUUAGCAAACUAUAUUCUGUUCAUAUCAGAACAAUAAAAAGGAGAAGAGCGAGCGAUCAAUGCUUCCCUGAACACUAAGGAGGAAUUGGGGGCAAAUAUUGGCCACUAUAAAAAUUAGAUAUGUGACUUUAAAGAGUAAAUUAACACUUGCAUUUUUAUUUCACUUUGGUUCAGUCUCUAAGUCAGCAUAAAAGAGUGAAGAAUUCCUUGUUAUGUUUUUUUUCCAUGUUUUUGACUUGUAAACUGUAGCUGUUCACGCCAAGUUGGCUAAUAUGCAAAACAUACUUGGCUGGAGAUGUCUAAGAUGAUGUCCAGGUCAAAUCAGGGGGAUUAGUUCAACAUUUAGAGGUUUAAGUUUUGUGUUUUGUUUUUGUUUUAAGCUCAGUGUGGUGUCUCCGGCCAGCUCUAUCUUGCUGCCUAUGGCCACAUUCACGCUAUGAGCGUCAAAUAUUACAACAUGGUCAGCGUGCCAGCAGCCGCUAUCACCUAGUCACAGUUCAAGCGCUGCUCAAGUGUUCUUUUAUGUUGUUGGUGAUGUCAAUUGUUUAGUUGUUAACUGGUGAAACACAUGAUUGGUUGAUGAAUCACUGUAUCAUUGCUGCACCAAACAGAAGUUGAAGCCAAAUCAACGUUGAAAGCAAGUAAUGCCUGUCACGUAGCUAGUGUCAGGUAUCCAAUUUUUUUUUUUACCAGACUGUAAACUUGGGAUUGACUUACCUCUACUAGUCAUUAGACAAACUUCUAUUUGGAUAGUGGACACAAGUGGUAUUGCAACACUGUUGCCUACUGUCUGCCACUUUAAAAUAGAAACCUGAACCAUCCUCCUAUUUCACUUUGUUCUAAGGUUUAAUCCAUGAAGGUUUCAUAUCGGCAGAAUAUUCCCACCCUCAAUUCUCAUAUUUUGGGCUGGAAAGAUCUGUUAGAUUCAGCUUAUGUUCCACCCACGGAGUAAUCAAUGAUUCCUACUUUUAUAAUAUUUCUGAAUAUGUAAAGGAGCAUUCAGGCUGUAACAGAAUGUUAAUUUGCUCUUUAAACAAAUAAGAAGUUCAUUCCAAUAUCCUGCUGAAGUGCCCAUGAGUCUCUACCCGUCAGCUAAAUUUAGGAAUCUGUCUCAGGACAAUCAGGUGGUUUAGCUGUUGUAUGCUUUACGUUUAACGCUGCUAAAUGUUGAGUCUGUGUCAGUACUGUAUUUAUGUAUUCAUGUACGUGAAGCAUCCCAACUACAAAUGUUAGUCUGUACAGAUGAACCCAAUGACAAUAUGCAUAUCAUCUGUGUUUUAAUGUUCUCUCGUUGUCAAUAAAUACAAUCACUGAUGGUAAGAUA